AUGGGUAAAAGAGGUGGCUCUCGUGGUGGCAAGCGCGGAGGUGGCCGUAACAAUGGCGAACGUACCAAUUCAUGGAAGGAGUAUCCGGCCGUCGAAAAGCAGCACAAGAACUUUCAAAAGUUCUACGACGAGCUGCUCCAGCUCCCAGAAGAGGAGAAGAACGAGUUCUGGGAGGCGCUGAGGCGCGAGCUCCCCAACAGCUUCCGUUUCUGCGGAUCAAAAGGCCACGCGCUCGCUGUGAAGCGCUUAUUAGAAACCCGCUACAUUCCCCAGAUCACGGGCAUCGAGUUCCACGACGGUCGACCCGUCGAGCCACCGAAGCCGGUUCCGUGGUACCCCAACGACCUCGCUUGGUGGAUGACCACUCCCAAGAACGUCAUCCGCAAGUUUCCUCCAUUCGCCGCUUUCCAGAAGUUCCUGGUGUCCGAGACGAGCGUUGGAAACAUCAGCAGGCAAGAGGUUGUCAGCAUGAUACCUCCCAUGCUCAUGGACGUCCAGCCAAACCACGUUGUCCUCGACAUGUGCGCCGCGCCCGGUAGCAAGGCCGCGCAAUUGCUAGAGAUGAUCAUGCGUGGCGAGGAGGCUCGUGUGCGCAAGACUUUGCGAUCGUUCGCGCAGGAAGACGGCCUGGACUUGGGAGCAGAGACGCAAGAGGAGCUCGAAGCCGACCUUGAGGCCGACCCAACCGAUUGUGGCCGAUCGACCGGCCUUCUCAUCGCCAACGACUCCGAUUACAAGCGCGGCCACAUGCUGGUCCAUCAGUUGAAGCGUCUGUCAUCGCCCAAUUUACUCGUCACGAACCACGACGCCACGCAGUUCCCCUCGAUCAAGAUUCCGAACCGCGAGAACCCCAAGGCUGCCAAUUACCUCAAGUUCGACCGCAUCCUGGCCGAUGUACCUUGCUCCGGCGACGGCACCCUCCGAAAGAAUGUGAACCUGUGGAAGGACUGGCAGCCAGGCAGCGCGCUCGGUCUCCAUCUCACGCAGAUCAGGAUCCUGGUUCGCGCGCUCCAGCUGUUGAAGGCGGGCGGCAAGGUCGUCUACUCAACAUGCUCCAUGAACCCUGUUGAGAACGAGGCUGUGGUUGCGGCCGCUAUCGACCGUUGUGGCGGCGAAGCGAACGUGGAGAUUGUCGAUUGCAGUCAGGAGCUGCCCAACCUCAAGCGCUAUCCGGGCUUCAGAGACUGGAAGAUCAUUGACAAGAACAGCCGCAUCUGGAACUCGCACGAGGAAGUCAUCAAACACGCGAACGAAAUGAACGGUGGCGUGGUACCCGGCCGCGUUGUCGAGACCAUGUUCCCGCCCGCCGAGGGCACACUUGGCUUUGGGCUACAUCUGGAGCGCUGUAUGCGUGUGUACCCUCAUAUGCAGGAUACCGGUGGUUUCUUCAUUACUGUCUUGCAGAAGAAGAACGAGUUCAAGGCCCGUAACGAGAAUGAACCGUCCACUGUCGUCAAGCCAGAGGCUGCAGGUCAAGAGUCCAGCAAGAAGCAAAGCGAGCCGACAGCAACGGAGGAGUCCAAGGCCCUUGCUGCUGCUGCUGCUGCUGAUGGGCCCAAGGUGGAGGCUGCUGCCGACGAAAUCAAGGUCGAGGUGAAGACUAAAGACGAAGUCAUGGACGACGCUGAAGGCACAAGUAAUAAGAGACUCUUGGACACCGAAGAGCAAGAACAGCCUUCCAAGAAAGUCAAGACGGAGGCAGACUCGUCAGCAGCCGCGACACCAGCUGCGCAGCCCGAGAGGCCUCGCAAGGGGCCAAUCGAAGAGCCUUUCAAAUAUCUCGAGGCUACCCACCCAGUCAUUCAAAACAUCAAGGAAUUUUACCAUCUUUCGACCCGUUUCCCCGACGACCGCUACAUGGUUCGCAAUGAGAUGGGCGAGCCUGCGAAGGCUAUCUACUACACCACUGCUCUUAUGCGGGACAUUUUGACUGAGAAUGAGGGGCGUGGUAUCAAGUUCGUUCACGGUGGCGUAAGGAUGUACAUGAAGCAGGAUGCACCGUCCGCUGACGUGUGCCGCUGGCGGAUACAGAACGAGGGCAUUCCCAUCCUGCAGGGUUACGUCGGCGAACCUCGUGUGGUCCACCUGCAGAAUAAGGAAACACUCCGUCGCCUUUUGAUUGAGAUGUUCCCUAGCCUCACCAACGACGGCUGGAAGGACUUUGACGAGAUCGGUGAGCGUGUGCGCGAUAUUGGGAUGGGCUGUGCCGUCUUGCGUGUCGAACCAGACGGCAGCGAUCCCGAUUUCACAGAAAGGAUGGCACUGCCCUUGUGGAAGAGCAUCAAGAGCCUCAACCUGAUGCUUCCCAAAGAAGACAGAGCGGCCAUGUUGCUGCGCGUGUUCAACGAUACCUCGCCACUGAUCAACACGACUCUCAAGCAACAGCAGGAGAAGAAGGCGGCAGCGCAGAAUGGGGAGCAGAAGAAGGAGGAGGAAGACGCGAUGGUUGAGGUGAAAGCUGAGGUGAAAGCUGAGGUUGAAAAUGAUGCUGCGGUCAAACCAGAGGAGGCACAAACGGUGGAGGAGCAAGUUGCUAAGGAAGAUCUACCUGCGCCAGAUGAGACUCCUGUGGCACCGGAGCCUGUUGAAGAGGCCUCAUGA